AUGAAUUCAAGACUUAUCAGACCAUCAACACCUAAGAAACCUUUUGAUCCUAAUUUAAUUAGAUAAUCUGCUAAAAAGCCUUUCUAAUUGAAAAAAUAACAACCAAAUAUACUGAUCAUAGAAUACUACCAUAUAAAUAUAUGA